GCCCAGCGGAAUAUAUAGCUUGAGUAAGUCGCGUUUCUCCGGAAUUCGAAGCAAAUGGAAUCCGUAGUUUCCAACCAAGGAGAAUCAUGAGCCCUUUUUUUGAAAGCUUGAGAAAUUUAGGUAACAAGGAUACAGGAAGAUCGCAUCCCGUAGAAGAGGUUUGUUGCGGUAUAUUUAGGUGUUGUGUGCAAGGAUCCACUGGCAAAACAGGUGGAGGUGAGAGGGGGCCUGAUCAGCCAGAUCAGACAGUUGUAGCAGAUCUAAGAGAGCCUGAACACUCUGGAGAAAAUCGAGGAGAACCUGAAUCUCCCACGGCAGGUCCAAGAGAGCUCGAUAUUUUUGGACGAGGAGAGGAAAGAAAAGUGGUUUACUUUGGGGAUCUGAGCUUGAAUGAGAAGCAAACAAUUAUGCAUGAAUUAAGAAUUGCAAACUUCAUACAGCCUUUUGGAAUGGCACUUCAGAAAGUGGCCAGUACCAAUAGUACCAUCGUUUAUCAAGGGUGCAAUGAAGGAAUUUCUGAGCAAUUUGCCACUGUCAAAAUCCGCACUGUGACAGACCAAAUAAGGGACCAAAGACCAGAUGUAAUAAGCAUUUUAAGGAGAGCACUACCUGUCUGCAAAGGUGUUUUUGGUCCUUUGUUACACCCCAAGAGUUUUAUAGAAGAACUUGGUUACAAAGACCGAAGCAAUCUGGAGAAGAAUUUGAGUGGAAAUGCAGAAGCUUGGAAAAUGGUAGCAGAAAAAAUGGGAGUAGACCGUGCUGACAUCAGGGCAAUAGACAAUCAAAGAGGUUUAUAUCCAGCUGCAGAAGUACUGAAGAAAUGUCAGUUCAAAGCUCGAUGUACCAUUGGAUAUUUGUAUGAGAUUUUAGUGGAAGGAGACAUGGAAAUCCUUGCUGAUAAAUUUUAGGAAUAGUGCAGUGCAUUUUUCUAUUUUUCUGGUAAAUUUCUAUUCUACCUUUUGUGAGCUGCGAUUAUUUGUCCACCUAUUUCAAGGGUUUCUUGUUUUUGAAAAAGUAGAGACCCUAUCUGUACUGUCUCAUGGAUGCCUUUUGAGAAUCUGGUUAUGUAAGUUUCUCAGACUAUUUAAAUCCAGGGGUUAAGCAUGACUCAAAUGAGUGUGAGAGUAAAAACAUUUAUGUGAAGUUUGGUUACUAAAUUUGGUAGAGCUCAUUAGUUAAUUGAGUGGGAAAGUCAACCUCCAGCAGAUAUUCCAUGACUUUAAGAUCAGAUGGAAGCUGUUGAUACCUUCGUGCAACUAAAAUUAAUGAAUUUGCCACUGGUGCUGAAAAAGUUCUUAAGAACAACAUGGAAACAUAAUGCAUGAUUUUAUAGGUUCCUUAUAGUAAAAGUUAAAUAGAUGAAUAUUAGAAAGAUUCUGAGUGUAUUAUACCGGAGGGUGUAAUUUGCAGGUUGCAGGUUGCAGGUUGUAGGUCGCAGGUUGAAGUAUGAGAAACAGUCCGUGUUUUUGCGUAUUAGGUAAACGGCGGAGAGCGAGACUGAUUUCCGAAAAUCACUGACUGUUUUGCAGUCUAGUACGCGGUUAACCCUAAAGUGGUUUAUACUGUCUUUCCAAAGAAUGUUAAGCUUAUUCAAAAACUAUCAUCAAAGGAAGGGACUACGCCCUCCAGUCAAGUCACACUAUCUUUAGAAAAAACUAAACUGGAGUUUACUUUUAAUUUAAAUUUUUAUCUAUUGGGCUUCGGAUACGAAUUAAAAAAAAAAAACAAAACAAUUUCUUGGGACUAGAUAUAUUUCCGGUUUGCGUAAACAGUAAAUCACUAGCCGCGUACUUUAACCUGCAACCUGCAACCUGCAACCUGCAACCUGCAACCUGCAACCUGCAAAUUACACCCUCCCGUAUUAUACCUUAGAUAAGAUUUAGUAGGUAGAUAAAUGUAUGUUUGUGGUUUUAAUUACAAUGUGAUGGUUUUGCCUACCAUUUUUACUCGUUAAUAAAAAUGUCGCCAUACCAACAGGC